CUCUGUUGCUAGACAUAAGGCAUUAACAACAAAUAAGCUCUUCCUGGUAGAGUCAUUACCAGUUAUCAGCUUACGGUUACGAUAGCGAGAGACAUUUCGAUAUUCGAGUACUUCGAGGAGAUGAAAAGGACAUAUCAAAAUGAGUUGGUCGACUGCUCCUCGACUAAGAGGGCCUUUGCGGCAAGCUCUCAGUCGCAGGGAAAGCGAUACAUAAUAACCUCUGCCGCUGUUAGGAACUGCUUGUACGAAAGAAAACAACUGGUGUUCAUCGACGCAAACAAACUACUAAGACUGAAUUUUGAGGGCUUUAACAAGCAAUUAUUGUGUCUUCUCUGUAAGAAAGACUAUUCAGAACCUUGUCCCUUACAUGGUUUGGGCCAUGCGAUCGUAGACAACAAACGUCUGCAGGGGAGCAGAGCUAUGAAGUCACUCCCACCGGAAGUGAGUUUGUGCAGAUCAAGUAUCCCUGGGACCGGGUUAGGAGUUUGUACUAGAAAACACAUUCCUGCUGGCACCUGUAUUGGGCCAUUUGAGGGCAGGAGAAUCCGACCAGAGGAGGUCAAACCGGGCAUGGAUACGUCGUAUAUGUGGGAGAUUUUUGACGGCAGCAAGUUAACUUGUUUCAUUGACGGCAGUGAUGAAGAGACAUCAGGCUGGAUGCGUUUUAUCCAGUGCGCACGCUCAAAAGUUGAACAAAACCUCUAUGCGUUUCAGUACAAGGGCGAAGUUUAUUAUCGUGCAUUCAAAGACGUUGCUGUUGGUAAAGAGCUUCUUGUGUGGUAUGAUGAACGAUAUGUACAGCAUUUUGGAAUACCUUUUGGAUAUCAGAGCAUGUCCUUCGUCAAAGAUUUUGAAGAUGCUCGGCCAAUGGUAAAAGAGCAGACAGGGGAUAACAAAUCUGCGCAGCAGAAACCUGUGUGUGCUCCUGCUAGUUUACUUCCCAGACAAUUAUUAUCUGACAGCGAUGUAGAUGGUCAGCGAUCCUCUUCUAACAGUGACGUAGAAAGUGACGUCAGUGACCCUGGAAAUACAUUAGUGCCCUUUCCCAAAAAAUCUCCAGAAAGGGAAUUUACUUCCUGGCGGUGCCAGCAGUGUCGCAAGACCUUUACUCAGCGGGUGGCCCUACAACUUCAUGUCUGCCCAUGCCAACCAUCCAAGCCUUACCAGUGUGGCCAGUGCAGCUUAGCUUUUUGCAAUUCUUCUCAGCUCCGUGCGCAUGUCACGUCGCAUUCCAGUGAAAAACCAUUUAAAUGCGGCUUCUGUUCGCGCGCUUUUGUCGGCGCGACAACACUAAACAAUCACAUCAAAUCUCACUUCGGGCAGAAGCCUUUUGGCUGUGACAAGUGCGGAAAAACGUUUUCUCAGCCUGGACUUUUAUCCAGGCACCAAAGAAAUCCCCGCGAAUGUAAAAGCGACGUAUCCCCUCUAACCGUCAAUAGUAUCGUAGGCGUUCUGGUGACAUCUCGUCUGACUCAGUCGACUUGUUUUAUGUUCUUGCAAAAUGUUUACACGAUUAGUUUUGAUAAUGUCCCUGGUAUUUACCUCUAUGUCGGCAUCUUUACGAGAAAAAUGAACGAACCUUUUGGAGGAGAGAGCGUAAGCAGUGUGUAUCAGCCCGUGACUAAGAAAGUGAAGCUCACGCCUCCUUCAUCCAAAAGCGCACCGGUUUCAAACUUGAAACAGUUAUCUUUUACUAUGGCUGAUGUACAGAAGUGCCUUUUCAACGUAUCUACUGUCCAUCCAAUUCACAGCCGUGAAGCCUUAGGAAAGAAAGAUGGAGCUGGUUGUUUUUGGUGUGAUGCUAGCGCAACAGACCCAAGCUUUAACUGCCCGCAUCAUAAAAAUGAAACCACUGCCACGAAGCAGACAAGUCAAUUGUCUCUCGCUUUAAGAUCAUUUCCGCCGGAGGUUGGCUUGUGUGUAUCCAGCAUUCCUGGGGAAGGAUAUGGAGUCUGUGCUAAGCAAAAAAUUCCUAUCGGGGCAUGGAUUGGUCCCUAUGAAGGAAAGUUUGUGAAACCUGAGGAAAUUUCUUCGACUUCCAACACUUCUUACAUGUGGGAGAUUUUUAAAGACGGUAAACUGGCGGGCUUUGUGGAUGGUAGUGAUGAAGAGUAUUCCAGCUGGAUGCGGUUCAUCCGCUGUGCUCGUCACAAAGGGGAACAAAACCUGUUUGCCUUCCAGUACUUGGGCAAGGUCUACUAUCGUUCAUUCAAGACCAUCCAGCCCGGACAAGAAAUGCUGGUGUGGUACGAUGACAAAUAUCCUCAGUACCUUGGCGUUCCAAGCUCAAUCUUUGAUAUGGGUUCUCUUACAGUCAAUGGAAAGUCAAACAAUCCAGAUGCAGCAGAAAUUGUGCGCUUGCCGUCCGAAACCUUGACACAAAAUCAGUAUCCCCCUACCCCUCCCAGCUCAGUUCCUUCUCCUGGAAGCCCACAAUCACCAAACAGCCAGCCAAUCAGCCCUCGCCAACACUCACCUUCCAUGCCAAUCGGUGGAGAGCCUUUGAAUGGUUUUCAGACGGAAGUGUCCUCCGCCUUCGACUUUUCCUCUGUCACUGCAGCCAACUUGUCCAAUCCACUUCCAUCGCCAGAAAGCGAGAGGAGCAAUCCUCCCUCACCCACUUCUUAUGAAAACGGGCAAAACAACGCCACUAAAAUCAAUCAGCCCGCGUUUAGUAGCAUCACAGAACUAAGUUUGUGGAAAUGCGGCCAGUGCAAAAAGUCCUUCCCUCAAAGAACCAUGCUCCAAGUUCAUGUGUGCAAUGAAGCCCCAAAGAAGCCAUACCAGUGCGGCCACUGUUCACUUAGCUUCGCCCACCCAGCUCAGCUGCGCGCUCACGCUGUCAUUCACGCCAGUAAGAAACCAUUCAAGUGCGGAUACUGUUCACGUGCGUUCGCUGGGGCGACCACAUUGAACAACCACAUCAGAACACACACCGGUGAACGCCCCUUUGUUUGCGACAAGUGCGGAAAGAACUUUACGCAAGGAUCACAACUUAGCAGACAUCAGAGAAUACCUGGAGACUGUGUGGUACGAGCGUGAAAGGAAUGGAAACAAUUAACCUUCAUCUGAUAGUUUUUAAAACUUUGAGUGUUCCUUAGGAAAGCUCAUGGCUCAGAUCUUAGAUCUAACUGUUUGUUGUGGCAAAGUUUGUAG